AUGGGGGCUCAUAGACCCGAGCUGCAAACACGGGUCUCCGGCUUGGAGAGAUUUGGCAUCCCAGUACCCUCUGCCUCUCGUCCCCAUUUGUCUGUCCCCCCACAUCUGCUGCUGCUGCCCCUCGUGGCUUGGAGCCGGCUGGGGGUCCGGCUGGGCUAUGGAGGUGGUUACUACGAUGCUACUGUCGCUGCAAUUAGAGCUGCUGCUGCUUCUGCAGCUCCUGCUGAAAAUGGAUGCAGGCCUACUGCUGCAGCAACACCUGCUGAGCUGCUCAGCAGGCUUCAGUCAACAGGCUCUCUUUCCGCAGCAGGUGCAGCUGCGGGAGUACAGGAUGAGUCGGCAGUAACCGCAAGUGACGCAACAGCAACAGCAGGAGGCUGGAGGGGUCCUCUUGUUUGUGGUUUGUCUUUUAACUGCCAAGAGUUAACCACGGAGGCUCUCCCUCAUGAGGACCACGACUGUCUGCUUGACGCUGUAAUUUCAGAGCGAGAUAUAUAUAUAUGCAACCCUGAACUUGCUCGCAUGAUGGAGCAGCAGCAAUGCGUAGCGACAAGAGGUCACGAGAUACUGAACAGGUUGCCCAGUCUAACAAAAGGUGUUCCUUAG